AUGCUGUCUCCCUCCGGUGCCUCGACCUCUGUUUCUAGCCGAAGCUCUGCACUGCCAAUUUCAAUCGGUGAUGACGAUGCAUUCUUCAGGAAGCACGUAAAUGUUCCAGCUUCUUGCAAAAUUAAAGUUGUUGUCGCCGAAUACCAUAAUGAGGCACUUACGUUUAUUCAUCGUUCCAUAGGAGCCAAAAGAAUUCCACUUGAUGGUCUUAAGUUGCUUCAUGUCGAUUCGCACCCAGAUUUGUGCAUUCCCAAUGUACCUUCGUCUGAAAUCAUUUCUCAACCCUAUGAAAUGCUGAAGCACAUUGAUAUCGAAAAUUGGAUUUUUCCCGCAAUUUUCGCAAAAUAUAUCAAUCAUGUCAUUUGGCUGCACCCUCCAUGGUCAAAUCAGUUAACUAACCGUCAUCCUACUCAGUAUUUUAUUGGCCAAUGCAAGUCGUCAGAGAAUUUGGCUGUGAACAUCCCGGAGCCCUACUUCUAUAACGAGGGCAUCUAUGCCCAUCGUAGUGAUAUGAAAUCGUUAGUCCCAUUUACUCUUACAGUAAGUACCAUACAUGAGUCGAACACAAUGUGCAGUGCUUGCACGGACAUCACCAGUGAGUUGAUCAAUGAGGCCUUUAUUUUGGAUGUCGAUCUGGAUGCAUUUUCUACCCAAGAUCCGUUUCGGGAAUUUUACAGUGCCGAACAGUUCGCACUGAUCGACAAGCUCUUCACGGCCCCUCGUCCUCCGCCACUGGGUCUGCAUCCAGGUACCCGCGAGGUGGAUGCGGCAACUGCAACGUCGGUGGAGGCGAAGGUCGUGUUCGAGAGUGCUAGUCUUGCCGCGAAGGUGGUUUGCGAUGAGCACAAGGCCCAUCUCUCCUCCCUGUGGCGCUGGAUGCGCACCCUGGCCACCGGCGCGCCGGCUGUGGACGAAGAAAGGGUGCCAUCGGUUUGCGAUCCUCACGAGUUGCUUGCCCUUGCCACCCUUCUCCUCUCUCUUGCACCGGAUACCUUCUCACCCCGUGUCCACGCCGCCAUCCAGACCACCCACGCUACUGCUCUUCGUUUGGUCCAACAACAUUCCGAUACCACCUCGAUGCCUCGCCUCGGGAUAAACGACGAUUUGUCGGAUCUGGAUGAGAUCGGCCAGUUGCGACUGUCUCACUGCAGCCUCUCAACAGAGAGCGGUAGUCCCGAGCCCCCAAAGGAGAAACAGCAGCGCGUGGAUUCAGAGGAUCUCAAUGAUAGCGAAAAGACAGAUGUGGCGAUGAUGGCUUGUCUCCACGAUUUAUGGAAGAGUCUGGCAGAUCGAGAGAACUAUCCCCUACCUCACCACGUCUCCACAGCUCAGGAACAGGGGGAGCUUGUGGCGGGACUGGAGAGUCUCUUGAACCGUCUACACAAUCCCUGCCUCAUCACGGUAGCUCGAUCGGUGGAGGAUGGUUACACACCGGCGGAACAAGUAGCUGACUUACAGAUGCAGUUCUUUGAGGCAUUGCGACGCAUCUAUGGAGUAGAGAUACUCUCUGUGGUGCUGGAUUACGAUGGAGCCGCUGAUGAUGCGCCAACCCUACGCUCAAUGGGCUUCGAGGUGGUAGAGGCACGAGGUGAGGCGCAGGUCACCUCAUCGUCGAGCCUUGGCGAAAGACACAUGCGCUGUCAGCCUUUAAACUAUCUCAACUUAGCUUUUACUUCUCUGUAA